UCAAGCUUAUCUCCGAAGAUGACAAAUAGUUCACUGUUCUGUCCAGUUUACAGCGAUCUGGAACCAUUUACAUACUUUUUUUAUUUAGUUUUCCUCAUUGGAAUCAUUGGAAGUUGUUUUGCAACAUGGGCUUUUAUACAGAAAACCACAAAUCACAGGUGUGUGAGCAUAUACUUAAUCAACCUGCUUACAGCUGAUUUCCUGCUCACUCUGGCAUUGCCAGUAAAAAUUGUUGUUGACUUGGGUGUGGCACCCUGGAAGCUAAAGAUAUUCCACUGCCAAGUAACAGCCUGCCUUAUUUAUAUCAAUAUGUACCUCUCUAUCAUCUUCUUAGCCUUUGUCAGCAUUGACCGCUGUCUUCAGUUAACACACAGCUGCAAAAUAUACCGCAUACAGGAACCCGGAUUUGCAAAGAUGAUAUCGACUGUCGUGUGGCUCAUGGUCCUUCUCAUAAUGGUGCCGAACAUGUUGAUUCCCAUCAAGGACAUCAAAGAAAAGUCAAACGUAGGUUGCAUGGAGUUCAAAAGGGAGUUUGGAAGAAACUGGCAUCUGCUGACAAAUUUUAUAUGUGUGGCAAUAUUCUUAAACUUCUCGGCCAUCAUUUUGAUAUCCAACUUCCUUGUAAUUCGGCAGCUCUACAGGAACAGAGACAACGCAGACUGUGCAAACGUGAAGACGGCUCUAGCCAACAUUCUCUUGGUGACGGUCAGUUACAUCAUCUGCUUUGUUCCGUACCACGCUGUCAGGAUCCCGUACACCCUCAGCCAGACAGAGGUCAUAUCUGAUUGCUCAACUAGGAUCUCCCUCUUCAAAGCCAAAGAGGCCACACUGCUCCUGGCUGUGUCCAAUUUGUGUUUUGAUCCAGUCCUGUACUAUCAUCUCUCAAACGCAUUUCGACUGAAGGUCACUGAGACUUUUGCCUCACCUAAAAAGGCUAAGGCUCAGAAAGAAAACUCAAGAUGUGAAAGUGAUGUUUAAAACACGGGGUUUCGCAUACCAGCCCUGCUUUCUGACUGAACCACAAAGCUGGUCAUAGUUUUCACAGAUAAAAGUAGUUAAUGAUAAAAGCUGCUGAUGGCUAGCAAACAUGGACUGGUUCCUGUGGGAAGUCCUUUUCUCAAUACAAGCCCGCCCUGUCCUCACACAGUAGCUGGUAUUCUUUAGCCCAAAUAUCUGCACAGGAAAGUUACCAGAGCACGUUGAACCAAGGUCAACCUGGAUGACCAAAGUGAGGAGAGCCAGGGCAGAGACUCUGAGACUCAUUGCAAUGGCUGCAACUCACUUCUUGAUGAAAACAUGCCAAUUAAUCUGCAUCUAAGCUGCCAGGAAACUCGUCAGCAACACAUCCUUAAAGGUCUUCCGCAACCUAAAAAAUAAAGACA